CGCGAGCCGGAAGUCGGUCCGCCGCGUUUUCCGUCCCCAGUGCGCAGUGGAGGCGUCGCGGCCACAGGCUGGGGGCUUGCGCCUCUCGUCCUUUGUAGGGGUCCGGGAGCUGCGCGGGCCCCGGGGUCCAGCGGCGAGACGUUCUCCGGCUGUAGCGAGUGGAGGCACUCGGGAGAGAUUCAUCUCUAAGUCCUUGUUAUGAAGAGGAAGGGGAGACUGUUUCAGAAAGCCAAUUAAUUUCGUACACGUAAUACUUAUUACCUUCUAAUAAUUGGAUCAGAAGAUGAACCCAACUAAUCCUUUCAGUGGGCAGCAGCCUAGUGCUUUUUCAGCAUCUUCUAGUAGUUCCAUAACAGCAUUCCCAUCCAAGGCACCGUUUCGAUUUGGUCAACCUCUUUUUGGACAAAACAGUACCUUAUGUGGGAAGAGCUCAGGAUUUUCACAGCUAUCCAGCUUUCCAGCAUCUCCUGGAGUAAGUCAUUCCUCUUCAGUGCAAACAUUAGGGUUCACCCAAACCUCAACUGUUGGACUCUUUUCUGGACUUGACCACACAUCCACCUUUGUAGCUACCUCUGGGCCUUCAAGUUCAUCUGUGCUGGGAAACCCAGGAUUUAGUUUUAAAUCACCCACCAGUGUGGGGGCUUUCCCAAGCACUUCUACUUUUGGACAAGAAGCUGGAGACAUAGUGAGUUCUGGUUUUGGGAAAACAGAAUUCGGCUUUAAACCUCUGGAAAACGCAGUGUUCAAACCAAUAUUGGGGACUGAUGCUGAGCCAGAGAAAACCCAGAGCCAAAUUGCUUCUGGGUUUUUCACAUUUUCCCACCCAAUUAGUAGUGCACCUGGAGGCCUGACCCCUUUCUCUUUUCCUCAAGUAACAAGUAGUUCAGCUGCCAACUCGAAUUUUACCUUUUCAAAACCAGUUAGUAGUAGUAAUUCCUUAUCUGCUUUUACCCCUGCUUUGUCAAACCCAAAUGUAGAGGAAGAGAAGAGAGGACCUAAGUCAGUUUUUGGAAGUUCUAAUAAUAGCUUCAGUAGCUUCCCUGUGUCGUCAGCUGCAGUUUUGGGUGAACCCUUUCAGGUCAGCAAAGCAGGUGUCAGGCAGGGCUGUGAAGAAGCUGUUUCCCAAGGGGAACCACCUCCCAGCCUAAUGAAAGGCCUGAAAAGGAAGGAGGACCAGGAUCGUUCCCCAAGGAGACAUGGCCAUGAGAUAGCAGAAGAUUCUGAUCCUCUGUCCAGGGGGGAUCAUCCUCCAGAUAAACGACCUGUCCGCCUGAAUAGACCCCGGGGAGGUACUUUGUUUGGUCGGACGAUACAGGAUGUUUUCAAAAGCAAUAAAGAAGUAGGUCGCCUGGGCAGCAAGGAGUCCAAAAAGGAAAUUGGCUUUGUUGAGUCUGGAGAAAGUGACCACAUGGCUACCCCAGGAGGGAGUCAGUCUCUCCUGGCACCUUCCCGGAUUCCAGGUUUGAAUAAAGAGGAAGAAACUGAAAGUAGAGAGAAAAAAGAAGAUUCUUUAAGAGGAACUCCUGUGCAUCAGAGUAAAAGAAGCCAGAGCACAGAUAGUCUUGGGGGCUUGUCUCCCUCUGAAGUCACAGCAAUCCAGUGCAAGAACAUCCCUGACUACCUGAACAGCAGAACCGUCCUGGAGAACCAUUUCGGCAAAAUCGCCAAGGUGCAGCGCAUCUUCACCAGGCGCAGCAAAAAGCUCGCAGUGAUACAUUUCUUUGAUCAUGCAUCUGCAGCCCUGGCUAGAAAGAAGGGGAAAAGUUUGCAUAAAGACAUGGCGAUCUUUUGGCACAGGAAGAAAAUAAGCCCCAAUAAGAAACCCUUUUCCCUGAAGGAGAAGAAGCCUGGCGAUGCUGUAGUCAGCCCGAGCCCGGAAGACACUCCGUUUCAGCACUCUCCUCUUGGCAAGGCUGCAGGGAGGGCUGGUGCUAGCAGCCUGCUGAAUAAAAGCUCUCCAGUGAAGAAGCCAAGUCUCCUAAAGGCCCACCAAUUUGAGGGAGACUCCUUUGACUCAGGCUCUGAGGGCUCCGAGGGCCUUGGGCCAUGUGUGCCCCCCCUCAGCGCCCUGAUAGGCACCGUGGCUGAGACGUCCAAGGAGAAGUACCGCCUGCUUGACCAGAGAGACAGGAUCAUGCGGCAAGCGCGGGUGAAAAGAACCGAUCUGGACAAAGCGAGGACUUUCGUUGGGACCUGCUUGGAUAUGUGUCCCGAGAAGGAGCGGUACAUGCGGGAGACCCGAAGCCAGCUGAGCGUGUUUGAAGUGAUCCCUGGGACUGACCAGGUGGACCAUGCAGCAGCCGUGAAAGAGUACAGCCGGUCCUCAGCUGAUCAGGAGGAGCCUCUGCCCCACGAGCUGCGGCCCUUGGCAGUGCUCAGCAGGACUAUGGAUUACCUGGUGACCCAGAUCAUGGAUCAGAAGGAGGGCAGCCUGCGGGACUGGUACGACUUCGUUUGGAACCGCACACGUGGCAUACGGAAGGAUAUCACGCAGCAGCACCUCUGUGACCCGCUGACGGUGUCCCUGAUUGAGAAGUGCACCCGAUUUCACAUCCACUGUGCCCACUUCAUGUGUGAGGAGCCUAUGUCUUCCUUUGAUGCUAAGAUCAAUAAUGAGAACCUGACCAAGUGCCUGCAGAGCCUGAAGGAGAUGUACCAGGACCUGAGAAACAAGGGCAUCUUCUGUGCCAGCGAAGCGGAGUUCCAGGGCUACAAUGUUCUGCUCAGUCUCAACAAGGGAGACAUUCUAAGAGAAGUACAGCAGUUCCAUCCUGAUGUUAGAAACUCCUUCGAGGUGAAAUUUGCUGUUCAGGCUUUUGCUGCGUUGAACAGUAAUAAUUUUGUGAGAUUUUUCAAACUGGUCCAGUCAGCUUCUUACCUGAAUGCUUGUCUUUUACACUGUUACUUUAAUCAGCCCUGCUUGGUGGCUCAUGCCUGUAUAAUCCCAGCACUUUGGGAGGUCAAGGCAGGCGGAUCACAAGGUCAGGAGUUCAAGACCAUCCUGGCCAAUAUGAUCCGCAAGGAUGCUCUCCGGGCACUCAACUUCGCAUACACGGUGAGCACACAGCGAUCUACCCUCUUUCCCCUGGAUGGCGUGGUGCGCAUGCUGCUGUUCCAAGACUGCGAAGAGGCGACUGACUUCCUCACCUGCCACGGCCUCACCAUUUCUGACGGCUGUGUGGAGCUGAACCGGUCUGCUUUUCUGGAACCGGAGGGAUUAUCCAAGACCAGGAAGUCGGUGUUUAUUACCAGGAAGCUGACGGUGUCCAUUGGGGAAAUUGUGAAUGGAGGGCCAUUGCCCCCCGUCCCUCGUCACACCCCUGUGUGCAGCUUCAACUCCCAGAACAAGUACGUUGGGGAGAGCCUGGCCACAGAGCUGCCCGUCAGCACCCAGAGACCCGGCUCGGAUACAGCUGGUGGAGGGAGGGGAGAGGAGUGUGGCGUAGAGGUAGAUGCGCCCCUGCCCAGUCUCCCGCAGCCUCUCCCUGCCCCUGCGCCCUCGCCAGUGCCUCUGCCUCCCAUCCUGGCACUGAACAUGUCCGUGGCGCCUGGCCUCUUCCAGCCCCCUGUGCAGCCUGAGUUGCCUCCUCCAGAGCCCUUGCCCAUGUACUCUGAUGAGGACCUGGAGCAGGUGGUGGAUGAGCUCAUCCAGGAGGCUCUGCAGAGGGACUGUGAGGAAGUCGGCUCUGCAGGCGCUGCCUACGUGGCUGCUGCUCUGGGUGUUUCUAAUGCUGCUGUGGAGGAUUUGUUAACAGCUGCAACCACAGGCAUUUUGAGGCACAUUGCAGCUGAAGAAGUGACUAAGGAAACGGAGCGGAGAGAGCAGGAGAGGCAGCGGGCCGAAGAGGAAAGGUUGAAACGGGAGAGAGAGCUGGCGUUAACUGAGCUGAGCCAGGGCCUGGCUGCAGAGCUGAUGGAAUGGGUGAUGAUGGAGUUCGUGAGGGAAACUUGCUCUCAGGAGUUGAAGAAAGCAGUAGAGACAGACCAGAGGGUCCGCAUGGCCCGUUGCUGUGAGGAUGUCUGUGCCCACCUCGUGGACUUGUUUCUCGUGGAGGAAAUCUUCCAGACUGCAAAGGAGACUCUCCAGGAGCUUCAGUGCUUCUGCAAGUAUCUGCAGCGGUGGAGGGAAGCUGUCGCAGCCCGGAAGAAACUGAGGCGCCAGAUGCGGGCUUUCCCUGCUGCACCCUGCUGCGUGGACGUGAGCAACCGGCUGAGGGCACUGGCGCCCAGCGCAGAGUGCCCCAUUGCUGAGGAGAACCUGGCCAGGGGUCUCCUGGACCUGGGCCACGCAGGGAAAUUGGGCAUCUCCUGCACCAGGUUACGGCAGCUCAGAAAUAAGACCGUUCACCAGAUGAAGGUUCAGCACUUCUACCAGCAGCUGCUGAGUGAUGUGGCGUGGGCGUCUCUGGACCUGCCGUCCCUUGUGGCUGAGCACCUCCCUGGGAGGCAGGAGCAUGUGUUUUGGAAGCUGGUGCUGGUGUUGCCGGAUGGAGAAGAGCAGUCCCCAGGGAGUCCUGGCAGAAUGCUGGCAAAUUGGUUGAAAGUCAAGUUCAUGGGAGAUGAUGGCUCAGUGGAUGACAUGUGCAGCGAUGCUGGUGGGAUUCAGACGCUUUCACUUUUCAACUCACUUAGCGGCAAAGGGGACCAGAUGAUUUCUGUAAACGUGUGUAUAAAGGUGACCCAUGGUGCCCUCAGUGAUGGCGCCAUUGAUGCUGUGGAGACACAAAAGGACCUCCUGGGAGCCAGUGGGCUCAUGCUGCUGCUUCCCCCCAAAGUGAAGAGUGAGGAUGUGGCAGAGGAGGACGUGUACUGGCUCUCGGCCUUGCUGCAGCUCAAGCAGCUCCUGCAGGCCAAGCCCUUCCAGCCUGCACUUCCGCUGGUGGUUCUUAUGCCCAGCUCAGGAGGGGACGCCGUUGAGAAGGAAGUAGAGGAUGGUCUGAUGCUCCAGGACUUGGUUUCAGCUAAGCUGAUUUCAGAUUACACUGUUAUGGAGAUCCCUGAUUCCAUUAAUGAUCUACGAGCUUCAACUAAGGUUUUGCAAGCGGUGCAGUGGCUGGUUUCCCACUGCCCCCAUUCCCUUGACCUUUGCUGCCAGACUCUCAUUCAGUACGUCGAAGAUGGGGUUGGCCGUGAGUUUAGUGGCCGCUUUUUCCACGACAGAAGAGAGAGGCGUCUGGGUGGCCUUCCUUCGCAGGAGCCUGGCGCCAUCAUUGAGUUGUUUAACAGUGGGCUGCAGUUCCUGGCUUCCGUGGUGUCCUCUGAACAGCUGUGCGACCUGUCCUGGCCUGUCACUGAGUUUGCUGAGGCGGGGGGCAGCCGGCUGCUUCCUCACCUGCACUGGAAUGCCCCAGAGCACCUGGCCUGGCUGAAGCAGGCUGUGCUCGGGUUCCAGCUUCCGCAGAUGGACCUUCCGCCCCUGGGGGCCCCCUGGCUCCCCGUGUGCUCCAUGGUUGUGCAGUACGCUUCUCAGAUCCCCAGCUCAUGCCAGACGCAGCCUGUCCUCCAGUCCCAGGUGGAGAACCUGCUCUGCAGAACCUACCGUAGGUGGAAGAGCAAGAGCCUCUCCGCAGUCCAUGGGGCAGGCCCCUCCGUCAUGGAGAUCCCAUGGGAUGAUCUCAUCGCCUUGUGUAUCAACCACAAGCUGAGAGACUGGACACCCCCCCGGCUUCCUGUUACAUCAGAGGCACUGAGUGAAGAUGGCCAAAUAUGUGUAUAUUUUUUUAAAAAUGAUUUGAAAAAAUACGAUGUUCCUUUGUCAUGGGAACAAGCCAGAUUGCAGACACAGAAGGAGCUACAGCUGAGAGAAGGACGUUUGGGAAUAAAGACUUUUCAUGCUUCUGCAAACAAUUUUCCCAUACCUUUGCUUCACAUGGACGGUAACUGGAAGAGGAGCACAGAGUGUGGUCGAGAGGGGAGGGUUCCCAGCACAGAGGAUCUGAUGCGAGGAGCUUCUGCUGAGGAGCGCCUGACACAGUGUUUGUCGAGCAGUCUGCUGCUGGAGAAAGAGGAGAACAAGAGGUUUGAAGAUCAGCUUCAGCAGUGGUUGUCUGAAGACUCAGGAGCAUUUGCGGAUUUAACGUCCCUUCCCCUCUAUCUUCCUCAGACUCUAGUGUCUAUUUCUCACAAUAUUGAACCUGUGAUGAAAACAUCUAUAACUCCUAGCCCAAAGAAUGACAUGACAAGGGAGCAACUGCAGCUGUCAGAGGUGACAGGAACGUGUCUGACCGAACGGCUAAAGCACCUGGAAAGGCUGAUCCAGAGUUCAAGGGAAGAGGAAGUUGCCUCUGAGCUCCAUCUCUCUGCAUUGCUAGAUAUGGUGGACAUUUGAGCAGCCUGACCUGUGGGGAGGAGGGGGUCUCUUCAGAAGAGUUUGUUUUUACUCAAAAUAAUGUUAUUCUCAGAUGCUUGAUGGACUGUUGGAAGUGUGAUUAUUAAUCAUGCAAAUAAACAAUUUAAAUGUCA